UGAAGGAGACACUGGACUCCGAGCUUACUACUGGAAUAUGUUCUGGGCCCCAGAAGAUAUGAUUUCUUCUCUUAAAAAAUUAACCCCGGUGGAACAAAAAGAAAUCAGCAGUAAACAAGCAGCUCACAUGUUCAGUCCUUCUAGGGAGGAAGAUUUUGAUCUUGUUACAAUGGAGCUUUUUGUUUCAGAUUCCACAGAAUAUGAUGUGAUGCUAAAAUCAGCAGUAUCCUUUGACCUGUAUGCCAAGCCAGGUAACAACAGGACUCUAACUCUGAUGAAUCCCAAAAAGUCUUUUUAUCAAUGGAGGCUGCGAGUUCCUUCGAACUAUGUGGUGAGACUGGUGGUUAUCACUUUGCAUGGUGUCACUCCAGAGAGCUGUGCAUCGCACCACUUAUCAGCAUACGAUUUCCUUCUUCCUCUGCAGAACAAGAUCAUUAUGAGAUGGUGCGGACCUGGGGCUUGGACUCCUGUUGUACGUUUAACUUCGUCAAGUAAUGUAAUGUUGCUUACCUUCUCACUGGACCGAAGAGAAGAAAGCAACGUAUUAAAAGCUCACUUUCAAGCCAUUCCUAAAAUCAUGUGUGGUGGUCAUUAUAUUUCCUGGAAUGGGACUCUGAGUUCCCCUUAUUACCCAAGUUACUACCCACCAAACAUUGACUGCAGCUGGAUCAUCAGAGCACCUUUGCCUGGCUACAAGCUCUCAUUAAAAAUCCUUGUAAUACAAAUUCAAGAGAAGUCUCCAGGGUCCAGUAAAUGUGAUAAAGACUGGUUAGAAAUUGAUGGGGUUAGAUACUGUAAAGCUCUUUCAGAAAACAACAGGAACAGAGAAUAUGGCUAUUCUGUCGCAAUCAACUUCCAUUCCGAUGAACUGGUCACCCACAGAGGGUUUUAUAUAGAAUACAAAGCCUUCAGUCACACAGACC